AUGCUGAAAAAAAUAGAAUGUCUUUUGCUUUGUAUUAAUUGUUCCUCUUUUUUUUUUUUUUUUUUUUUCUUCCCUGUUCUCCUUGCUCUACUUUUCCACUCAACAGAGAAUGUCUGCGUGUUUAAGUGUACCGUCAACUCAGACACAGAAUGCAGUCGAGUCGGUAAACAGUCCUUCAUCGUCACUUUGGGUUGUAACAGUGUCCUGGUCCAGUUUGCCACACCAGCAGAUUUCUGCUCCUUUUACAAUAUAAUCAAAGGUUGUAGGAAUUCAUCUUUAGACAAGAGUGUGUUCAGUGAGCGGACAGAGGAAUCAUCAGCUGUGCAGUACUUCCAGUUUUAUGGCUACCUGUCACAGCAACAGAACAUGAUGCAGGACUAUGUGAGGACUGGCACCUACCAGCGAGCGAUCCUGCAGAACCAUACAGACUUCAAAGAUAAAGUUAUUUUAGAUGUUGGCUGUGGCUCAGGGAUCCUGUCCUUCUUUGCAGUUCAGGCUGGAGCUCGCAAGGUUUAUGCUGUUGAAGCGAGCACAAUGGCACAGCAUGCCGAGCUAUUGGUGAAGAGUAACAAUCUAACAGAUCGAAUUGUGGUGAUCCCAGGGAAGGUGGAGGAAGUGGCUCUCCCUGAACAGGUGGAUAUUAUCAUCUCUGAGCCUAUGGGAUACAUGCUGUUCAAUGAGAGGAUGCUGGAGAGUUACUUGCAUGCAAAGAAGUUUCUCAAACCUAACGGUAAUAUGUUUCCUACUAUUGGAGACGUUCAUCUAGCACCGUUCACAGAUGAGCAGCUUUACAUGGAACAGUUUACAAAAGCCAACUUCUGGUACCAGCCCUCUUUCCAUGGUGUGGAUCUUUCAGCACUUCGAGGAGCCGCUGUAGAUGAAUAUUUUAAGCAACCAGUUGUGGAUACCUUUGAUAUUAGAAUACUGAUGGCCAAAUCUGUGAAAUAUACCGUGAAUUUCCUGGAUGCCAAAGAGUCUGACUUGCACAGAAUAGAAAUCCCCUUCUCCUUUCACAUGCUUCAUUCUGGUCUGGUCCAUGGCUUGGCCUUCUGGUUUGAUGUGGCUUUCAUUGGAUCCAUAAUGACUGUAUGGCUUUCCACAGCCCCCACUGAACCUCUCACCCACUGGUACCAGGUCCGCUGCCUCCUACAGUCCCCCCUCUUCACCAAAGCUGGAGACACCUUAUCUGGGACAGUCGCUCUUAUUGCUAACAAAAGGCAAAGUUAUGAUAUCAGUAUUGUUGCUCAGGUGGAUCAGACUGGAUCCAAAUCUAGUAAUCUGCUGGAUCUGAAGAACCCAUUCUUUAGGUACACUGGCUCAACGCCGUCCCCUCCUCCUGGUUUCACAUUACUCCUCUCCCUCUGAGAACAUGUGGAACACAGCAGGGGCGUACACCAUGAACACAGGGAUGGGCAUGGGAGGUAUGCCCACGGCGUACGAUCUCAGCAGUGUUAUAGCUGGAAGCUCAGGCAUCAGCCACAGUAACCUCAUCCCUCUAGCUAACACAGGAAUUGUUAAUCACACCCACUCCAGGAUGGGAUCCAUCAUGAGUACAGGCAUCGUCCAAGGAUCGGCCUCAGGACAAGCUGGUUCCAAUGUUACCAGCCACUACCCAGUCAACAACCAGUUCACUAUGGGUGGUCCAGCCAUCUCUAUGGCUUCUCCCAUGUCUAUCAACACCAACACAAUGCAUUAUGGGAGCUAA